AUGUCUCAAUCUCCUGGAGGCACGAAACAAUUAGAAGAGUUGAAAAGAAAGCAUGCAUACGACCCGAACAACGUUCUUCGCGCGAAGACUGCCCUUGAUAGGAAUACUUUGGUUAGCGACCCUGCAUAUAAGAUCUCAAAAGAACUCAACUCCUUCAAGAUACUGUCCGAGCGAGAUUAUCAUUGCAUUACCACUGAGAAGCUGAUUUCCUUGGCAAUUUUCAAAACAUCGAAUGAGCUCCUCGGCAUGGCGUUCCAUACUAUAAGACCGGGUGAUAUCAUCGCGCUUCUCAGCGGUGGGGCUAUGCCAUACAUACUUCGUCCGGAGGGUGAGAACUAUCGCUUUAUUGCAACGGCUGCCAUCUCUCGUCUGAUGGGUGGCGAAGAGUGGCCUGAAAUCGAGGCCGACUUAAUGAACUUCACUCUCAUCUGA